AGAAUGUAAGCGAUAUCUUAAACUAGCAAUAUAAUGUUUGGGUUGUGUUUAGUUCAAUUGAAAACAUGUUAAACUGAAUUUUAUUUUAAGUAUGGUUUCAAACUUCAUGUUGCUUGAUAAAAAGAGCAUAGAAAAAGACAAGGGAUAGAGGAUAUGAGAGGAAGAGCAAAAGGGAAAUAGAGGAGAUUACAGGAGAGGAAGAGGAAGGUGAGGUUAGGGUGAAUAGGUGGUAUUGCUUAAAGAAAAAGGGGAAAGAAUUAAUCUUGACCAAUAUACAAACCAAUUGGAGGACAACGGGAAAGUUAUUUUUCGUGAAAAACGGUUUUCCUAGAACACAAUCUUAGUUUAGUUUUAGUCUUGAAUUGUUUUGUUUUCUAGGUGAUCAAAUGAAAUAGGAAAGAUAAGAGUGUCGUUACUUAUGCCAUAAUUUAAAAUGUGUCUUCUAUACAAGUCCAUGGAAAAAAUGAUCAUAUUACUCUUCCCUAAACACAACAUUAGCGUUGUUUUAUGAAGCAACCACAUACGACACACAAUAGAUAAUAUGCUCACUCUCCUCUCUAGUUAGAUGCAUUAAAGAUGGGAACUUGCAAUGCCAAGAAUCCCAACCAUACAUAAAACUAAGGGUGUAAAUGGAGCUUGCUCAAUUCAACUCGAAAACCAAUAAUUUGCACUUUUUCGAUUUAUGCUCGAUACUCGUUAAACUCAAUAUGCCCAAGCUCGGCUCGUUCUUGUUAAGCUUUACUCAUAGCUCGACUCAAGCUCGAAUUGCUUCGGUGAGAUAGAAUUGGCCUAAUCACAUAGCUUUCUCUAUUUUAUUUUCUUCGCCAGUUUAAGGGAGUUAUUAACUUACCACUUAUCAAAGUAAUUUCUAUUGUAAAAGACACAACUAAAUUUUGUUUAGAUAUGUUUGUAAUAAAUUUAAUAGAGAAAAGAUUGUGGAGCUACUCACAAGUCGUAGGAAUUUGUGCUUUGAAUCUGGUUGAACAUUCGUCAAAGGAGCGGAGGGGAGCCUGCUCAGAUCGGCAGUGCCGUCCGAUCGAGCGGAUCGAAGGAGCUUAGCAGGGGCUUGGCAGCAGACCACCCGAUUGGAUCGGCGGGUUCGCCAUAUCGGUGUGAUCACCGAAUCACGGCCGGGUGAUGGCGGCCCGAUCGGGCCCGAGACGAAUCUGGGUUGGAAGAAUUACCGCCUGAUCGGGCGAUGGGCUUUUUAUAUAUGUGGAAACGCUUUUUCAGAGCUGGGUUAUAAAUAGGCUUUUAACCUAAUUCGUUUUGAGUGGUCAUUAGUGCUAAAAACACAUCUGUGUAAUUCGUUAUUCCUGUUCAUCAAUGAAAAUAUUCUCCCUCUCUGCCCGUGGAUGUAGCCAACACACUGUUGGUGGACCACGUUAAAUUUGUGUGCGUUUUUCUUUGUUUUGCAUUCGUUAUUUGUUCUUUCUCACAUCUGUCAUAAAAAAUUGGUGAUGAGUGUGGAAAUCAAUAAAUUCACUGGGAGAAACAGUUUCAGUCUGUGGCAAAUCAAGAUGCGACGCCGGUCUGUGGUUGAAGUGGGAGAGUUGUAUAUGACAAAACCUCUAACUAACACGUUGCUUUUGAAGCAACGUCUGUUCAGCCUGCGUAUGCAGGAAGAGCAUCAAGCGUGUUUCCUAUUCAGCUGUGCUUACUUUGGCAUAUCAAAGUCUCGGAGUAGUUUAUGGUGAUCUUAGUACCUCACCUUUAUAUGUUUAUAAAACCACAUUUUCUGAGAAAUUGAGGCUCCGUGAAGAUGAUGAAGAGAUUUAUGGGGUGCUUUCCUACAUUUUCUGGACAUUUACACUGGUUGCUCUUUUCAAAUAUAUUUUCAUUGUUAUGUCAGCAGAUGAUAAUGGUGAAGUUUUUAACUUGUAGCCCAGGCGGCACUUUUGCCUUAUACUCAUUACUAUGUCGGCAUACAAAUCUUGGUAUUCUGCCAAAUCAACAGCCCAAUGAUGAGAAGCUAUCUGCAUAUUCCAUUGAAGGAUCAGACCACCCGCUAAGGAGCUCGGCUUUCAAGCUACCAUUUGAGAAGCAUGAAAGAUUGCAUAAAGCUUUGCUGAUCUUUGUUCUUCUGGGAACAUGUAUGGCUAUCGGUGACGCUGUACUCACACCUGCAAUCUCAGUUCUUUCAGCAGUGUCAGGAGUUCGUCUAAAAUUCACGGGACUCCAUGAAAAUUAUGUAGUUGUGGUUUCCUGCAUCAUUCUGAUAGUCCUGUUUUCUCUCCAACACCAUGGAACACAUAGAGUUGCUUUCAUUUUUGCGCCAAUUGUCACAGCAUGGCUUUUGUGUAUUAGCAGCAUCGGGGUAUAUAAUAUCGUCAGGUGGAAUCCAAGUGUUAUUAAUGCGCUCUCUCCAGUGUAUAUGUUUAAGCUACUUAAAACCACAGGCAUGGCAGGUUGGGUGUCUUUGGGAGGAGUUGUUCUCUCUAUUACAGGUGUGGAGACCAUGUUUGCUGAUCUGGGCCACUUCUCAGCUUGUUCAAUAAAGAUAGCAUUCUCUUUUCUGGUGUACCCUUGUUUGGUUCUGGCUUAUAUGGGUGAGGCUGCCUUCCUCUCUCGUCAUCAUGAAGAUAUUCAGAGGAGCUUCUAUAAAGCCAUUCCAGAACCUGUGUUCUGGCCGGUUUUCAUAGUGGCCACAUUUGCAGCAGUAGUAGGAAGCCAAGCUGUAAUAUCUGCAACAUUCUCUAUCAUAAGCCAGUGUUGUGCUUUAAAUUGCUUUCCUCGAGUUAAAAUCAUUCAUACUUCAAGUGAAAUAUAUGGACAGAUCUACAUUCCGGAGGUGAAUUGGAUGCUAAUGUGCCUAUGUCUAGCGGUUACGAUUGGAUUGAGGGAUACAAAUAUGAUAGGUCAUGCUUAUGGUCUAGCAGUCACCAUAGUCAUGUUCGUUACUACAUGCUUGAUGGCAUUGGUCAUGAUUGUAGUUUGGAGAAAGAGGAUAAUAACUGCAGUUUCCUUUUUACUUGUCUUUGGAUCCAUAGAACUCCUCUAUUUCUCAGCUUGUCUUUUCAAGGUUCCUGAGAGUGGCUGGAUUCCUCUUGCUUUAUCUUCAUUCCUUAUGGUCAUAAUGUACGUAUGGAACUAUGGAACAUUAAAGAAACAGCAAUUUGACAUAGAGAACAAGGUUUCUGUGGACCGAAUAGUUACUUUAGGGCCUAGUUUAGGCAUGGUUCGGGUCCCAGGGAUUGGUCUACUACACACCAACCUAGCCACAGGAGUACCAGCUGUCUUUGGACAUUUUGUUACAAAUCUACCAGCAUUUCACCAAAUCUUGGUUAUUGUAUGUGUAAAACCUGUCCAUGUACCCUAUGUUACGGAAGAGGAGAGGUUUCUUGUUGGAAGGGUUGGCACAAAAGAGUAUGGCAUGUUCCGCUGUAUUGUUCGGUAUGGUUACAAGGAUUUGUUGCAGGAGAACUAUGAUUUUGAAAACAGGGUGGUUUUGGAGCUCAUCAGAUUUGUAGAGACUGAAGAAGAGCCCAGCAAUGGUAUUAUGGAAGAAGCUGAUUCCUCUACACAAAUGGUAGAAAAUCAGAAUCAUGAAGCUCAUACGCUAGACCACUUACAGGUUAUGAAGUUGAUGGAUCUAAACCUGGGUAACUUGGAUACCUUGUGCCUUAAAGAUGAAUCCAUCAAAAUCUUGAGUGCAAGGGAAUCAGGUGUAGCUUACAUUGUCAGUCAUUCUUAUGCGAAGGCAAAGAAAUCAUCUUCGGUUGUCAAGAAAUUUGCUAUCAAUAUCUUGUAUGCUUUUCUAAGCAAGAAUUGUAGGGGACCUGAUGUUGCCCUGAAUGUGCCUCAUACUUCUCUGCUUGAAGUUGGUAUGGCAUACUAUGUGUAAAGGUAAUAUUGUACAAAGUUUGAUGCGAAUCACGUGAUGAGUAAGCUGUAAAUAGGAUAGCUGCUUGGAGCCUGGAUAUCUCCCCUAGCUGAAUAUACUACUAUAUGAGGUAUAUGUUUAUAGUAUACUAAAGCAAAAUCCCUUGUUGCAAAUUUUCCCUCUUAAUUGAAGUGUUUGAAUGAGUUUAAUAAAGGUUUC